AUGUCGUUAGCUCGCGUUCACACUGAUUCCGCUCCUGCCGCUGUUGGUCCUUAUGCUCAAGCUAUCAAAGCAAACGGUUUCGUUUACACCUCAGGUCAAGUUGCCUUAAACCCUGCUACAGGUAAAGUAGUUGAAGGUGAAAUUAAGGAACAAACGAAGCAGGUCUUUUUGAACCUCACUGAGGUCUUGAAGGCCGCUGGUUCCAGCCUUGAUAAGGUUGUCAAAACCACUGUCUUCCUUAGAGACAUGAAUGACUUUGCUGCUAUGAAUGAAGUUUAUGCUACCUUUUUCCCUACUCAUCAACCUGCUCGUUCGGCUGUUCAAGUUGCUCGUCUCCCUUUGGAUGUUGCUGUUGAAAUUGAAUGUGUUGCUUUGACUGAUUAG